GUGCUAUGGAAAUUGAUUCAAUCAAGAGCUUAAAGAAAGGAAAAGGCAAAAGCGCUCUUAUAAAACCAGAAUUAGACAACUUGCCUUGGGUGGAGAAAUAUCGUCCUACCACUCUCGAUGAUCUCGUGUCUCAUAAAGACAUCACUUCUACAAUCGAAACAUUUAUUGAAGCUAAACGACUUCCUCACUUACUCUUCUAUGGCCCACCCGGUACAGGUAAAACCUCCACCAUUCUGGCAUGUGCAAGGAAGCUUUAUGGCGAACGAUUCAAGGCCAUGAUCCUCGAACUUAAUGCUUCUGAUGAUCGUGGUAUUGACGUUGUGCGAGAACAAAUUAAGAACUUUGCUAGUACUCGAAAUAUUUAUAGCUCAGGAUUCAAGUUGAUCAUUCUUGAUGAAGCUGAUUCCAUGACGAAUCAAGCACAAUCAGCACUUCGUCGAAUUAUUGAAAAGUAUACCAAAAACGUUCGAUUCUGCAUUAUUUGUAAUUACGUGAGCAAGAUCAUUCCAGCCAUUCAAUCACGUUGUACCCGUUUUAGAUUUGCACCUUUGGAGAUCGAACAAGUAGAGUCAAGAUUACAGACAAUUAUAGAUCAAGAACAAAUCGACCUUACCGAGGACGGCAAGAAGGCAUUGCUCCGACUCUCAAAGGGAGAUAUGCGUCGCGCACUCAACAUCUUACAAGCAUGCCAUGCUGCAUAUGAUCGAAUUGAUGAAAAUGCUAUCUAUAGCUGUACUGGGCAUCCACACCCGCAGGAUAUUGAGCGUAUCUUUAAAUGGAUCAUGACAGAAGAAUUUACUACGGCCUACUCGAACAUUGAGAAAUUAAAAAGAGAGACAGGAUUAGCACUUCAAGAUAUCCUAAGUGAAAUAUAUUAUUAUGCGCGUACUGUCGAAUUCCCUACUGAGUCACGAAUAUUUAUUCUUGAUAAACUAGCAGAAAUCGAGUACAGAAUAGGAGAAGGAGGCAAUGAAAAGGUGCAACUAGGGGCAAUGAUAGGAGUGUUUAAAUUGGCAACUGAUAAAGUACAAGCAUAAUUCAAUAAAGUCAACCAGUUUAAUAAUGUAAAAUUAAAUUG